GCUAAACAGGACAUUUGAAGGGAUGAGCUGCUCGUAGCUGCAGAAACAUGGAUUCAGUGCUGGUGGAUCUGCAGUCCAACAUGCAGGAGUGCUCCCUCCCACCUGCCCUCAGCGGCACACGCCCAUGCACUCCUCAGAAUGGGUCCCCGUGGGUGGGACGGAAAGACGUCCCGUGUGGCUCCGCCCACGCCACGGCCACACUCGAGUAUCGGCUGGAGGUGCUGAGGACACACUUAGAAUCCGCAAUGAAGGAGUCGGACAGAGACCGGGAGGGGGUCGACGGGAGGGCUGGCAGCGCCGGGGACCAGAGCUGGAUUUCCAAGGUCAUAAAGAAGCGAGUGUGCACCACGUUCAUCGCAGACGCUUCCAGCAAUGGAAGGGUGUGUCAGUGUGGCAGCACCCUGGAAGGUCACGACCCCGUGGCGGCGGCGAAUGUCAGUGGAGCAGCGGCUGCACUGCAGUGGGACAGCCUGCAGCAUUCAUCGGAGCAGCCCACAGAUGCGUUCGGGGAGGUGGAGUUCGCUGGAGCCGGAUGCAGGCACAGCCUGUUUCUGCGGUUGUCUUGUGACACAGCGGCUCAGAUCGUCUACGCCCUCUUGACCAACCACUGGGGCCUGCCUGCUCCCAACCUGGUGGUGUCGGUGGUGGGAGGUGAAGGCCACCAGACGAUCAAGCCAUGGGUGAGAGACAUCCUCCGGAACGGACUGGUCAAGGCAGCAGUGACCACAGGGUCUUGGAUUUUGACCGGGGGUCUCCGAGAAGGCGUUUCCCGCUGUGUGGGUGAAGCUGUGAGAGACUUCGGCGCUGGGGCUUUGAAUUCAUCUAAGAAUAAAGUGAUCGCCGUAGGAGUGGCGCCAUGGGGAAUGGUCAACAACAGGCAGCAGCUUGUCAACCCAAAGGGGAGCUUUCCUGCCCGGUAUUACGUUCAGCACAAGUCACUGGACUCCAACUAUUUGGACAACAACUGUAAAGCCUUCCUCCUGGUGGAUGAUGGAAGCGUGGGCCGCCGGGGGGGGGUGGAGGCAUUUCGGGCUGACUUGGAGGACUACAUCUCCCAUCAGCGCACAGGCAUCUGGGGAAGCGGUGGGAUUGAAAUCCCAGUUCUGUGCAUGCUCAUUGCAGGAGACGCCUGCAUGCUGCAGAGAGUGAAAAAUUCCCUGGAGAAAUCCACGCCCUGGUUGGUUCUGGCAGGUUCUGGUUCGGCUGCAGAUCUGAUCAGUGAGGUGUUGAGCAGUCUGUCUGACAUCAUCCACGACCCAACAUCUCCGUCUUCAGAGGGCCCAACUCCUGAAGUUCUCAGUGACGAUUCGAGGCAGAUGGUCCGUCAGAAGGUCCGGAAAUACUUUCCCGCCGAAACGGAGGUGGAGAAGCUGGUGGAGCAUGUUCUUAGUAUUUAUCAGAAGCGGGACUUCAUCACUGUUUUUCGCGGCGAAUCCGAAGACUCUGACGACUUUGACACCGUCCUCCUCAGAUCGAUUCUUGGAGCUAGCAAACGAGUCUGCAACAAAGCCAUCGAGUGGGUUGAAGAGCUGAAACUGGCGGUGGCGUGGAACCGAGUGGACAUCGCUAAAGCGGAGCUUUUCAACGGAGCCAUAGCAUGGAGUUACCAUGAACUGGAGGAAUCCAUGACAGACGCUCUGGUCAACGACAAGCCUCAUUUUGUGCGUCUCUUCUGUGAAAAUGGCCUCAAUAUUCUGGAUUAUCUGACCUAUGGUCGCUUGGAAAAGUUGUACAACAAACUGUCGGACACGACGCUGGCUUACAGUCUGCUCCAGAAACGCUUGAACGAGAGGCAGGACCUGAACAGGUCGGAGUCCCUCGUGAACGGAGCAGCAUCAGCGUCUAAGGCGAGCUCCGAGUGUUUGAUGAUGAGCCCCGCUUCAGAACUGCAGCUCAGCCUGUUUGAGGUGUCCCGGCUGCUGUGGGACCUGUUGGGGGAUGUCUGCCAACCUUUCUACUAUGGAGCUUUGGACCUGGAUCCCAAAACCAGUCCGAGGGUGGCUCUGAAGCAAGUCCACAAGUUGCUGCUGCGGGACUGUGAGUAUCGGCGCCAGCGCUGCCGCUCGCCCUGGACGGCCCUCUUCAUCUGGGCUGUGUUGCAGAACCGCCCUAAAAUGGCCGUUUUCUUCUGGGAGAUGGCAGGAGAGUCUGUGAUGAGCGCUCUGGCAGGCUGCAAGAUCCUCAGAGAGCUUUCAAAGCUGGAGGAUGAGACUGAAAGCAAGCUGGAGAUGAAGAAACUGGCUCAGAAGUUUGAGGACCUAGCACAUGAUGUGUUUGGUAACUGUUACCAGAACAGCGAGACUUUGGCCUUCACUCUCCUCAUAAGGAAGUCACCCGUGUGGGGAAAGGCUACCUGUCUGCAGAUGGCCACAGCGGCCGACGCCCGCUUGUUCUUCAGCCAGGAUGGCGUUCAGUUCCUGCUGUCUCAGAUCUGGUGGGGUGACAUGGAGAGGAACACGGAGGUGUGGAAGCUGAUCCUCACCUUCUUCUUCCCACCUCUGCUGUGCACCAGACUCAUUCAGUUCAGGGAGGAGGAGGAGUUGAACCCUGAAGUUUUUCAGGGCAUGGACACGGACGGCAUGGAUGGGAAUGAGGGCAGCGUCCUCUCCCUAGUUGAUGUUGUUCAAAACAAGGAAGAUGCAGAGGAGCUUCGAGCUUUGAAAGAAAACCUGUCUGACGCUCCAAAGCCCCGUGUCAACAGACCGUUUGCUGUUCUGCGCUGCAGGCAGUUCUGGUUUGCUCCGGUGACCUCCUUCCUGGGAAAUGUGCUGAUGUACUUCCUCUUCCUCGGCCUGUUCGCCUACGUGCUGCUGGUGGACUUCAAGCCCCCGCCCCCUGACGGGCCCAGCCCUCUGGAGAUCGUCCUCUACUUCUGGGUUUUCACCUUAGUGUGUGAAGAGAUCCGACAGAGCUUCUUUGUGGACGGUUUGUUUUUGCUUCAGAAGAUGAAGAACUACAUCCAGGAUGUCUGGAACAAGUGCGACCUGACGGCCAUCAUCCUCUUCAUCUUGGGCGUGUGCUGCAGAAUGUUUCCUGCGUCCUAUUAUUUUGGCAGAGGUGUGAUGGCCGUGGAUUUCCUGGUUUUUACUCUGCGUCUGAUCCACAUCUUUGCUGUCCACAAACAACUCGGACCUAAGAUCAUCAUCGUUGGCAAAAUGGUGAAGGAUGUUUUCUUCUUCAUGUUCUUCCUGGCUGUUUGGCUCCUGGCCUACGGAGUAGCCAAUCAGGCGCUGCUUUACUCGUAUGACCCCCGCUCGACCUGGAUAUUCCGCCGUGUGUUUUACAGACCGUAUAUGCACAUUUUUGGGCAGAUUCCCAUUAAUGAAAUGGACGCUGAUAAACUGGACUUCUUGAGCUGUACAAACGACACGGCAGCGAUCGAGGCCGGAGCUGAACCCUGCAUAGACACCUACGCAAACUGGCUGGUUGUCCUUCUCCUCGUCGUCUACCUGCUGUUUACCAACAUAGUGUUGGUCAACAUGCUGAUUGCCAUGUUCAGCCACACCUUCUCUAAAGUGCAGGAGCACAGCGACACCUACUGGAAGUUCCAGCGUUUUAACCUGAUCGUGGAGUACCAAUCGAGGCCCUCCCUGCCUCCGCCCUUCAUCAUAAUCUCACACAUCAACCUUUUUAUCAAGAGAUAUAUUCGGCGCAUUCCUUCAGUCAAGAGCCAGGACUUUGCCGUGGAGCUGCGAGGCAAGAAGGUUGGCCAGCUCAACGUGUGGGAGGCGGCUCAGAAAGAAACCCUGCUCACGGCUCAGAGCAAGUCUGAGAGGGAGAGCGACAGCGCACGGCUCAAACGCACAUCCACGAAGGUGGACAGUGUUUUGAAACAAAUAGCAGAGAUGCGGGGCCACGAUCGGAGACUACAGCUGCUGGAGACACAGCUGGAGUACUGCUGCAGCUCCCUCUCCUGGAUGAUGGAGGCUCUGUCUCAGAGUAACAUGAUCAGCGCCGGUCGACCGGCUCCUCUGCUCAAAGAUCAUACUUUGCUUUCAAAGAGAUGACGCACUGCACCCCCACAGCCAGGACCACACUCACAAGAACUUCCCCUUCCUCCUGGACUGCAGAUGUCCCCCGGCUCUUUCCCCUUCUGCAGACAGCGAGGACAGGACUCCUGAAGGGUUCCAUGAUUUCAAACUCUCAGGCUGAAAUCCUCCCAAACGUUCCUCAGGGCUGCUGAAAAGCUCUUUAGUUGCUCCGACGCAGACAAAGUUAAUCGUUUAAUGCUGCUGAUUCAGCUGUAAGUUAAAGCUGAAUAUAAAAUACAGGCAGGACUCUUGUUGCCUUUUCUACUCCAACAGUGGAAGCUGAAAGUUCUGAAUGUGUCGAUUUUCAUAAUAAAACGGAUGUAGACAA